AUGUGUAUGUUAGUCAAGCGUUAUUUUCAAGUACCAUGGCACGCCCAAGAUGCUCGCGCCUACAACGUCCUUACGUUAAUAUUCCACCCGCUUCUUUCAUCGCUGUUUGCGAUAGCCAUAUCGUUAAAUGUGAUGGUAUUUAUGCAGAUGUACUCUCGCAGCCUGAGCCACUGGUGCAUCAACGUUCCCCUCAGCAUCGAGCUUCUGAAGCAGGCAGCUCUAGAAUCGAAGAUCGACUCCAACUCACUGAAAGUCGUGCGUGUAAUAGUGGUCGUAUCUGGAUUGGUCGUUAUACUCUUGACGGUCAGGUUAGGUUUGGUAACUGUCGCAUUGGUGGAGGCAAUGAUGCAUGGGGGGAUGUUGUGGGAUUUGGACGACGCAAAGGAACGUCACAUUGGAGACCAUCCUCGCGCCUUCUCUAUUUCAGUGCCCGAAGAAGAAUGA